CAGUCAUUCCCUACCAAGUGACACCGCGCAGCGCCCAGGUGUCACCCAUCGGGGAUCUGCACCCUCCGGAACGUGUUCUGCCCCUGGCCAAGGCUUCCCCCUGCAUCCCUGCCACCGCUGCACAUGGCUGGCCAGAGAGUAGCUGUUAUCGGUGCCGGUGCCUCUGGCUUGUGUGCCCUGAAAUGCUGCCUGGAUGAGGGGCUGGUACCCACCUGCUUCGAGAGGAGCGGGGACAUCGGUGGACUCUGGCGCUUUGAGGAGCACCCCGAGGAGGGCCGUGCCAGCAUCUACCGCUCCGUCAUCAUCAACGCCUCCAAGGAGAUGAUGUGCUACAGCGACUUCCCCAUCCCUGAGGACUUCCCCAACUACAUGCACAACUCCAAGAUCAUGGAAUACUUCUACAUGUACGCCAGGCACUUCGAUCUGCUCCGACACAUCCGUUUCAGGACCAGCGUGUGCCGCAUCUCCAAGUGCCCCAACUUUGCCACCACGGGGCAGUGGGAGGUGGUGACAGAGAGUGAAGGGAAGAAGGAGACGUCUGUCUUCGAUGCCGUGCUGGUGUGCACCGGGCACCACACGGAUGCACAUCUCCCCUUGAGCUCCUUCCCAGGGCUGGAAAAGUUCAAGGGCUGGUACCUGCACAGCCGGGACUACAAGAACUCACAGUCCUUUUUGGGGAAGCGUGUGGUUGUUAUUGGCACUGGGAAUUCAGGCAUUGACAUCGCAGUGGAGCUGAGCCACGCAGCCAAGCAGGUCUUCCUCAGCACCAAGCGUGGGACUUGGGUCCUGCAUCGGGUGGCAGAAUCCGGGUACCCCUUUGACUUCACCUACAACACCCGUUUCAUAGUGUUCUGCCAUGGGCUGCUGCCUCCAAAUAUCAGCAGUUAUCUCAUAGAGAGGAAGGUCAAUGCCCGCUUCGACCACGCACUCUACGGCCUGAAGCCCCAGCACCGGCUCUUUGACCAGCACCCGACUGUCAACGAUGACCUUCCCAACCGCAUCAUCUCGGGCAGGGUGCAGGUGAAGCCAAACAUCAAGGAGUUCACUGAGACAUCUGCCAUCUUCGAGGAUGGCACCAGGGAGGACAUCGACGCCGUGGUCUUUGCCACAGGAUACACCUUCUCCUUCCCCUUCCUCGAGAGUUAUGUGAAAGUGGUGGACAACCAGAUCUCCCUCUACAAGCUGAUGUUCCUCCCUGAACUGGAGAAGCCAACACUGGCUUUCAUUGGUCUCAUCCAGCCUGUGGGUGCUGUCAUGCCCAUCUCUGAGCUCCAGAGUCGCUGGGCCACCCGUGUCUUCAAGGGGCUGAGCAAGCUGCCUUCACGGCACGACAUGGAGGCUGACAUCAGGGAGAAGAAGGAAGCCAUGGCAAAGAAGUACGUGAAGAGCCAGAGGCACACCAUCCAGGUGGAUUACAUCGCCUACAUGGACGAGCUCGCCUCCCAGGUGGGGGUCAAGCCCAACGUGCUGACCCUCUUCCUCACCGACCCCAAACUGGCUCUGGAGGUGGUCUUUGGUCCCUGCACAUCCUACCAGUACCGCCUGCGGGGUCCGGGUGCCUGGGGGGGUGCCAGGGAGGCCAUCCUGACCCAGCGGCAGCGGGUGGUGAAACCUCUGCACACCAGAGCUGGGGAUGGUGCUGCCCGCUCCAGCGCCGUGCCCCACAUCUUCAAAGUCUUCUUCAGCGUUGGUUUGAUCGUGUCUACCCUUGUCUACGUCUCACUCUCCCCCUAAGCUCAGGUGAAGGAGAGAGUGGGUCCCCUCCUGGCUUUCUCCUUUUAUUCCUUUGGGCUCGGGUGUUUCUGUAGUCUCUCGCUGUGUCUGCUGCCACCUCAGGAGAUGCGGAGAGAGUUGAUUCCUUGAAGACACAUCCCGGUCUGUCUGCCUUUCCUGCUGUGCCGGAGCCAUGCCAGGUCUUGUCCCCGAGGACAGGGAUCCCUCCUCUUCCUUCCCCAAAUCCUGGACCUGCAGCUCCUCAAGUUCUACCCGCGGGUCAGCUCCAUGCUGGAGAAACCACGACCUCCCCGGGCCAGGGCACCCUGAGAAAAGUGCAAUAAACCUUUGUCCCUCUACCAGGACCAGGGACCAACACUCCACGUGCUGUCUCAGUCUCUGGUGCCUGUCCUGAGGAUUCGGGACGGCACCGGACCGAUACCACCCCGCAACCCAACCCCAGCGCCGC